GGACCAGCGAGACGCGCUGCACGGCUACCGCGGACAGCGCGUGGGUGAGGCGAGCCACCCAGGGCCACCGCACAACGACGCUGCCCCAGCCACGCCGCCGCGCGGACGCUCGCAAGCGGACCUGCCCGAGCCAGCGGGCGAGGUUUCGGGCGAAUCCGCGCCCCGGCCGGCGGAAGCCGAGACUCCCCCUCGAGAGCUCUUCGGUUCGCCGGGCCGGUCUCUGUCGCCGCUGCCUGCCGGACAGAGCCACUUCAGCGCCGUGUUCGGACAGGCGCCUGCGGCCGAAUGGGACUUCUCUGGGAUGUUCGCGCCGCCGCGGGAGACAGCCGAACGCGCGGCGGCGGAGGAGCAGCAACAGCCGCAGCAACCACAGCAAGGGCCGGAGUUCCAGGAGCCGGAGCAGCCAGAAGCCAGCGAGGUUUGCUACAUGUGCCAGGAGCCGCUCGACGACUCGAGGGUGCAAUGGCCCGACUGCGGCCACGUCCCGCACUGCUUCCACGCAGCCUGCCUGGCCCGGUUUCGCCCUCUCCGCCGCGGACUCGCACACCUGCGGAACUCGGGCGGCGAUUCCAGCCGGGUAGAGGACGCAGCGUGCCCGCUCUGCAACCACAGGUGGGGCGACGACCCGAACUCUGCCGCGCGGCUCGCGGAGCUGGCGGGCCACCUUGGGCGCGGCGGGGGACUACCUUUCCGAGGGUGCCGCUGCCUGCCUUGCCGGGGAGUUGCAGGCGACCCGAGUUCCGACGAGGAGCGGGCCAGCCGGCACCGAGGGGGGCCCCUCGUGCUGCCGGAGGGGCCGGCACCGCACGCGAUCGCCAUGUGCCCGCGCCACCCGGAGCGACCCAUGCGAUGGCGGCACUCGCGCGGGCCAGAUGGGCUGACGGGCAGCUGGGAAUGCGCCGCCUGCGAUGUCGCCCCGCUCGGUAGCGAGGUCCCGCCGCCGCUGGGCGAGAGGCCGCCGCAGUGCCCUUGCGGCCAGCCAGGGCAGGUCGAGUGGGUCGCCCGGGCCAGCGGGGACGCCGGAGGGCCUUGGAGGUGGCAGGGAAACUGGCUCUGCGAAAGCUGCGCCGCCACAGCGCUGCCCGAGCCAGAGGCCGCACAGCCGGAACGGCCGCCAGAGACAGGAGCAGGAGGCGGGAGCCCGGACCCACCGGCGGCGGACGGCCCACGAACCCAGUUCAGCGGCUGGUCGCCUCCACGACACGCUGCAGAGACCAGCCGCUACCUUAACUCCUGGAUGUACGUGCCGCUCCUCCUGGACGCCGGGCCGCGCGCCGACGUGUCCGCCUUCCGCGCGGCGGGCCCCCUACUGCCGCAGGCUCUCGGAGACGGGCUGCACGGGGACCAACUGGGGCUGCCAGCGGUGGUAGGGCUCCUUGCCGACGACAGAGGAUACGUGCAGCCGAUCGCCCAGGACAUCGUGAUGCAGAUCUUCGGGGGGGUGGACUUCAUCCGCGCUGUGGAGGUGCAGGCUGACGCCUACAGGAGCGACAGCGCCUCCGACAGCGCUGGCCCCGCGCUGCCUGCGCCAGCGCCGCCGCCUGCGCCAGCGCCGCCGCCUGCGCCAGCGCCGCCGCGCAGUGGCGGAGGCCGGCGACGAAACCGGCGCCCGGCGCAGUCUGCCUUCCCCGACGCCGCCUGGGCGCUUCUUGACGCAGUGGACUUGGAGGCCGAACUGCGCCGGCGGGUGCCGUGCAUCCGGGCGCCGCCGGCUUUCCUCCGCGGCCGCCUUCGCCAACUCUACCACACGGUCCUCGAGGAGGUCCUGCGCGCAGACGCCCUUCCUGGCGACGCCGACGGGCUGCAGAAGGUGAGGGCGUGGAAGCUCCUGGUUCUCAUCUGGCGCAUGCUGCUGCGACGGACCGCGAGCACUGGAGCGCCAGGGCGGCGAGAGCUCGAAGCGCGACUGGAGCAGUUCGAGGACGGCUCCUGGGAAGCGCUGCUGGCCCCAAGCCUGCAAGGGCAGCGGCCUCCGGGAGGAGCGCGCGGCGCGGGCGACGCCGAGGCGAGGCGCCAGCGCGUCCUGGAAGACGCGGUGGCGCUGGUCAGAGCAGGGGGCCUCAGCAAGGCGCGGCAGCUGCUCGCCUCGCGCGGGCUGGCGCCGGGCACGGCGGAGACUUUGGCAGAACUGCGAGACCCCGCCCGGCGACCGCCGAGGCCCGCCGCCGACUUGCCGCCUGCCGCCCGAGCCUUCCAGCCGGCUCGACCCGUCGAGCUCGACCGCCGCAUCUGGACCGACUGCGUCCGCUCCGCCCCGAAAGGGUCUUCCAGCUCGCUGAGCGGAGCCAGCUUUGAAUUGCUCAAGCUGGCCUUGGACGAAGACGAGACGCUCGAGCUGCAAGCUGCCGUGGCGGAGCGCUACGCGCGGGCCGAGAUCCCAGCGAGCGUUGCCCGCGCCCUGGGCACAGGCCGCAUGACGGCGCUGCUGAAGGCCCACGACCGCGGGCUGCAGGAGGCGCUGCACGACCUCCUCGACCUCGACCCCGCGCCAGCUGAAGCAGAGAGGCUCUCCCGAGUGAGCUCGCUGCCGCUCGGCCUCGGAGGCCUUGGACUCAGGUCAGCCGCGCGCACGGCCGAGUGCGCGUACUGGGCGUCUUGGGCGGACGCGCUCCCCAUGUUGCGACAAAGAAACCCUACAGCAGCAACGGAGCUCACCGCCACCCUCCUCGCCGGAACAGGCGCCGCAGCCUCGUGCCUCCAGGAAGCUGAGCGCGCGAGGGCUGCCGCCGCCCGCGACGGCUUUGCGACGUGCCCAACUUGGCAGGAGGUCUGGGACGGCGCGCGCCCUGAACAGACAGAGCCAGAGCCGGGCGAGUGGAAGCACGGAUGGCAGUACCACGCCUCCGCAGCCCGAGAGCGGCGCUACAGGGAGGAGGUCGUUCUCCCGAGCCUCACAGACGACCAGCAGUGGAUGCUCGACUCGCAGGGAGGCCGCUGCGGCGGACGGCACCUGGCCCUGAUCCCCUCGACGCCAGAAAGCACGUUCACGCCAGAGCGCUUCCGGGCACUGCUCCAGAGACGGCUCCGCUUGCCGCUGGACGCCACGGCAAGCAGGUGCAACGGGCGCUCCUGCCAGGCCCACUUGGACGAGAGAGGCGACCACAGAGCAGCUUGCCCCCGCAGCGGACGCCUGCUGAAGCGCGGCGCUCCCAUCGAGCGGAUGUGGGCCCGGGUGUGCCGGGAGGCAGGAGGCCGUGUCCGCACCGACGUGUUCCUGCGCGACAUGAACCUCCCGGGCAUUGCCGCCAACGACGGGCGCCGCAUCGAGGUGGUGGCCAACGGCCUCCCUGCCUACCACGGCAGGCAGCUCGCCAUCGACGCCUGCAUCGUAUCCCCGCUGAGGGCCACCGGCAGGCCGAUUGCGCGGAGGCUCCGCCCAGGACUCGCGCUGAAACGGGCGAGGCGCCGCAAGCAAACGACUUACCCUGAGCUGGUGGGCUCGCGGCGGGGCUACCUGCUCGUAGCCGGAGCAGAGACGGGCGGCCGCUGGGACGAGGAGGCGUACAAGCUCCUCGUCACCCUGGCCCGCGCCCGGGCGAGGAGCGCGCCGGCGGCGCUGCGAGGAUCGCUUGCGACCGCGCUGCUGCACAGGUGGAGCGGCAUGUUGGCGUACGCCAUCCACGACGCCCUGGCCGCGAGCCUGCUCGAGGACGUGCCCUCUGAAACGCUAGCGACAGACGGGGAGAAUCCCUGGCGAGGGGACGUUCUGUCG